AUGACAACCGUGGCGGCGGCAACAGCCAACGACUCUACGGUAACUGAUGCGCCGAAUUCGCAGUCCCCGCGCAAGAAGCGCCCCGAUUUCGCCAGCCCGACCAAGGCGAGCCUCUCGAGGCACAACCCAGAUAUCCUAGCGCGGCGGAGGAGGUCACGGCAGCAGCAGCGAGAGGAACAAGAGCAAGAGGAAAGAAGGCAGCAGGCGACAGCUACUUCGAAGCGGCGAGAAUCAUCCACCAAGCCGCCGCCGCCGCCGGCGGAUCAACCCGCCUCCACGCCCGGAAGUCCUGGGAGCGAGGUCAGCCUAUCUGAACUUUUGACGGCGCAGCUGGAGACGGUAUCCCCGGCGGACGCGUCUGGAAAGCCGCGGCGGUCACCCAUCAAGCCGAUACCCUUUACGCGACCGUUUCCCGCCGCCGCCCGAGGGGAAGAGGAGCUCGUCGACCCGUUCAAGAGGAGGCCGAGGAUCAGGAGGUCCAACGUGCCCGAGGAGCCGGUGGAGGAGCCCGAGCUGCCGCCGACGCCGUCGCAGCUUGGGAUGGAGGAUCCAACGGUGACGUCGCUGCCGCAGGGGAUCCAUACUAGCAGCUCGCCGAGUAAGCGGAGGCGGCUUUACAAGGACCGAAAGUCGAACCCCAUACCAAUGAAACAGUCUCCUCUCAAAAAGCAGUAUGCGGUCCCGGAGGAGGCUGCUCAGUCGCCCCCAUCCCUCAUCCCGUCAAUCGACGGCGCGCCGCCGCCCGCCCUCCCCAGCCACCUCCCCGUCUCCAUGACGGCCGAGCAGGAGCUUCCCUACCUCCAGAUCCUCACCCCCUUCACCUUUACGUCCCACGCCACGCCGCUCACGGAUGCAGACGCGGAAGCCUACGUCCAGCGCCACGACAUCUCCAUCCGCGCCGCCGACGGCCCGCACCUCUUCUCCUCGCGCCUCGCCAUGACGGUCGACCUCGCCGACUUCUCCGUCAGCGACCUCAAGGUGACGCGCCUCGAGCCCGCGGCCCGGCGCGAGCUCGGCCCCUUUAUCGACGACUUGCUCGCCCGCACGGACCGCGCCCUCGCCAAGAACGUCUCCCUCAUCGCCUGGGCCAUGGGCGAGUGGUACCGCCUCGCUCUCAAGCGCGCGCAGCUGUGGAAGCAGAGGACCGUCCAGUAUAACCGCCCGACGGGGUCCACCGUCGACGACGACUUGGCCGCGGAGGACGACGACCUUUCCGUCGGGGACGUUGCGCGGGACAUGGGCAGGGCGGCGAUGACGUUGGGGUUGAACGUUUGGGGUGAGGAUGAGCUGAUGAUGCGCGUGGGCUGGCGCAUUAGCUUUGACUGGGCGGGAGAUGCGCGGAGCAAGAUUGACGUCGCCAUUGGGGUUCCUGGACGCUGGCAUAGGGUGGAUCGCAACGGCGCACUUGCCAAGGUGCCUCGCGUUUUCGACGAAUACAUCAAGGGUACCAAUGACGUCGUGGCGGCGGCGCGCAGGGUCAUCGCACUGGUGGGUUACGAUGCGGAUGCGCCUAAGUUACGCAAAGCAAUAGAAGCCUAG